AUGGGGUGUAAUAAUGAAGUUAAUGGGUCUUAUCGUCAUCGGUGGGUUUCUUUGGUGUGUGGUGUGCUUGCAUUGUUAUUCCCUCAUUUACUCUUCACGGCGGCUCUUCUUGGACAGAACAUCAUGGCUGCAUGUCUACUUGUAGUCCACCUCGCCUCUUCAACACGGUAUGAAAACAAUAAGCGAAUACAUCAACAAGAACAAGAACAACAACAACAACGUGAGAGUAUUAUUGAGGAUAUUUCUCCCAUGUAUGAAUCGGAGAUGAGUAGAGUGGAUUUACAUUUGUGGGUUUGGUUACCGCGAAAGCCGUUGCUGUAUUUGACUAUUAUUUGCUCUAGUUUACAAUUAUUAAUGGCUGCAGCUCUUGGAUGGAUGAUGGAUAAACCAAAUAUGAUGAAUAUAUGGAUAAAGUCCGUUCUUCAAAGUUUUGGUGUUUGGGGAAAAUCAAAUGUGUUUUCUCUCGUGAUGAAUAUAACAACUUCUGUUCUUUUAAUAGUAGUAAGUGUACUAUUAUCUGUUAUUGUUCGACGAUAUCAUCUUCGUCCAUCAAAUCAUGCAAAUCGUUGUUUUCAACGUUUAUCAUUAUUCUUUCUUGCCGUAUUUACACUCUUCACAUCCCUCGCCUAUCCCUCGUAUGAGUUUUUAUUAUUACUACUCAUACAUUUUCUUUCUAUUAUGCCGUUUCUUAUCACGGGAUUCUCUCGAUUGAGAGUUCGUUUCCUUGAGGUGGUAUGUAAGAGUUGUAGUUUGAUAUCGCUUCUACUACUCACAGCAUGUCUUGUGGUCCAAUCACCAUUAGAGCAACAGGUACUUUUAUUAAUAAUAACGAAAAAUGAUAUUCCAAGUAAUGAAUGGAAUGUGUUAUGGUAUGAAAAGAAUUGGAUUAAUUUUUUUCAUAGUUUUACGGUAUUUCGUAAAGGCAUUCAAUUACUUUUAUUAUUCUACACUAUUGUUGCCUCUCGGUAUGUACAUGGUAGUUGGAGUUGUAUGAGAAGGGGUGAAUGGACAGUACAGGCGGAGUAUAUAAAUAAAGCCGCCCCUUUUUCGCUUUGGCAAUUACUCCCAUUAAAAUCUCCAGCAAAAGUAAAGAAAAUACAAUUAGCGAUUGGACAUUACUUACCACGAGCAGUAAUUAUUCCAUUAUUAUUAACAAGUUUAGCUAUUAUGGAUCUUGUCUCUAUUUUAAUGUUAAUAACAUCCUUUAUUGCCAUUGUUCUCUCACCUGGUAAAUUUGUUGCUGUUAUCCCUGGUUGUUUAGCCGUAAUAGCUGUUGGUAUUUUACUUGAAUAUGUAGCUUCUGUUAAUCAUUCAUUGAGGCAACCUUUUCUUAUGUUCCGUGCCACUACAGAUAUCGCCGUGAUUGGAAUUCUUCUUCUUCAUUGUUUUCUCUGCGCAUUACUUAUCUUGGUAGUGGCUAUGUUUCGUGAGAAUACCAUUCAAAACUAUUAUCGAACUCUUCAAGAGAAGAAAAUACAUAUUCGAAGUGCCUUCCAUCGUCUAAAGCCACAAUUAAAAGAUCUGGAGGUUUUUUUCACAGAUGUGUGUGAUAGUAACAGUGGUCUGGUAGAUCGCAGUCGAUUCCCACAACUGGUAGAACAUAUCGCAUAUACAUUACGUUUUCAGGAAAAAGAUAUAAAUGCAUUAUGGCAUUUCUUAACAGAAGGAGAACCCGUAUUGUUGAUGUUAAAUGCCGAUAAAAGGUUAGAAACUACUACUGAUAAUAAUAAUAAUAAUAAUAAUAAUAAUAAUAAUAAUAAUAAUAAUAAGGAUUAUCUUCACACUUCCGUGCAGUAUUCAAGAAGGAGAAAAAGUAUGAAUGAUGGUGAUGGACAACAUAUACCCAUCGACGCCCCAUAUAGAAAAUCAAAAAAUAAUACCUCUAUGACUAGUGGCAAUAAUAAUAAUAAUAAUAAUAAUAAUAAUAAUAAUAAUAAUAAUAAUAAUACUGAAGAAGAAGAGGAAGAUGUGAAGAAGUGGAAUCGUUUUCGUCAACAUAUACUUGCCAUGCAGUUAACAGAGACUUCAGAGAACACCUCAAAGGGAAGAGAAGUAUAUACAGAAGAGAUAAGUUCCUCCAAUCCAUACCGACAGCGAAAUCGAGCCACCUCCUUUUCUAUUCAUGCUGUUGGAUCUCCUGGUGGUGGAGUUUCUUACUUUGAUUUUCUUGUACUUGUGAGUGAAAUAGAGUGGUUUCGAAUGGAGGAGAAAAAUAUAUUAUAUGUAGUCGCUUCCAUGUUUCUACAAAUAUUUUUUCUUAACCUUUCAACACUUUCAUUAGUUGCCAUGUUUUCUGUUUCAUUAACAAUGCAAAAUCUUGAUCUUCUUAAUGCGAUGUAUCUUUUUUUCUUUAUUGGAUUGGCGUGUUUACCACAGUAUAUACGUUAUUGUUGGUCUUUUAUUGUGGCCUAUACAAUUAUACAUAUUACCAUACUCUUUAUCUCUAUUACGUAUAAUGCGAAUUAUCCAUCUACGGAAGGUUAUCCUUAUUGGACUCAAAUGGUAGGUAUUUAUCCAGAUAAGAAUUCCUUUUCGUUAUUAUUAUAUUUUAUUAUUUUAUUUUUGGCUGUACUUCAAAUGCAUUUAUCUCGUUGUGAAAAAAGUGGAAGAAUUACUAUUCAGGAAACCCUUCAACGUGUGGAGUGGCGUCGAUAUACUUCUUCUCCUUUUUUCCCUCAAUUACGUCAACAACUCUUAACAUGUACGAUAUCAUUAAUAUUAGCUCUUAUGAGUCUUUUAAUUCCACGUAAUGUUUUGAUAGCUGGUUUUGCAUUACUUUUUCUUCUUUAUCUUUCUUUGGGUGCUUAUUCCCAUCGAGCAGAGAGUAUUGUAUUAAUUAUUCUAUCCGCUUAUAAUAUAUUGGUACUUGUAGUAACGGCACUUUAUCAUGUUCCUGUAAUUUCAGAUCGUAUAGUGGAAAGUCUUUCUGAUAUUACAGUUUGUCAGAAUAUCACAACUACACUGUGUGCAUCAGAGAUUGGGCUUAUGAUAAAUAAUCGUUUUGUACCAGCUUCAUUUGAUUUAUUACCAUGGUAUUUACUAGCCGCUCUUUCUGUGGCUCUUUGUAGGCAUAGAUUUAUUAUGCAUACUGGAAAUAGAAUAAAUGGGGAUGUGUAUGAGGAUGAUAGAAGUUUACAUGAACGUGAAAUGGAUUGUAUUCAAGAACCACUACUAUUGAAUAAUAAUAAUAAUAAUAAUAAUAAUAAUAAUAAUAAUGAGAGAGAGGUAAUUUCUAUAAGACAUUCAACGACUACAAUGAAUCGAAUAAAGUUAUUCUUUUCUUGUUAUAAAGAAAUGUAUGGUACCUUUACAGGUAGAUGUGUACCUCUGGUAUUUGAGUUCACACGUUAUUUUUACAUUAUGGUCUCCUUUAUUAUUAAUCUAGGAACGACAAAUGGUAAAUUACUUGUUUGGAUUGCAUUAGGGUUUGCCAGUCUAGAUACCUUUUCUGUAUUAGGUGUUGCUUUUAUGAUACUUUUUAUUCUUAAUUGUUGUGGAGUUUCUGUAAUGGUAAUUGCCGUAGUAAAUAUGGCAUUAAAUUAUGUCUAUCCAUUCUUCUUCAUUCCAGAAGUUCCUUUACCAGAGAGUGCUAAGCGUUUCUUUGGAUUAGAGAAGAGUCAUUCACGAAGGGAAUUGAGUAUUUUACCACCAUUGCUCGCCUUUGCAAUGGCGGCAUUUCAUGAACAGACGAAAAAGAAUAAAAUGUUAAGAGAACGAGAACGAGAAGAACGUCGAUUAAGAAUAAAAGAAGAUCCACGUCAUCGUUUAGAAGUAGAAACACAUUCUGGAAUAGAGAGAAAUAAUAAUACUUCAGAUACCUUUUCUGUUAGGGAACAACUUCAAACCCCAUAUGUUGAAUUUAAAUCACAUAAACAGAAAAAUUCUACUUUUCAUGAAGAAGUAAAGAGAUCAUCUCAUCAUGUAAGUUUUAAUUUAUUACGGCAAAAACUAUCCGUCUUUUUAAAUUAUAUAUUUGGAAAGUUUUUACGUGAUGUGGCAUUUGAAAUAGCUAUAUUGAUUGUAUUACUUGGUAUUUCUUUUGCAGUUGAUCAUAUAACGGGUUUCAUAUUUGCUGCUGAGUUUUUAUUAAUGUGGUUAAUUGGACGAGUGCGGACCAUAACGGAAGUACAUUUUGUAAUGAUGGAGGAAGUUUUCACGGUUAUUUCUCUUUCUGUAUUAUAUUUUAUUCGCCUUGGAAUACCAGAUGGUGUUUUUCCCGCUUUUUCUAUUCUACAUCCAGAGGAAUGUGGUUCAUGGGAUAUUUACUUUGGAUGUAAACUUCCUGUACAUCAUUUUAUUCUCUUAUUUGCGCUUUUAGUAAUUCAACGUCGUAUACGAUUUGCCGUUGGAGAUGUACGGCAUUCCAUUAUAUGUAUUGAUGGUUCUUUAGGACUUGGGGAAUUACUUCGUAAGAAAGCCAAAGAACUUCAAGAUUGUAGAGAACAUCGACGUUUAGAUAUUGAAAAUAUUCUUCCUACUUCCUCUUGUAACACUAUACAGAAGCCCCGUAUGAUAUCUAAUAUCGUUAUUGCUAUCUUUGCAUUUCUCCCUGCGGCGAUGUGUGCAUUUGUGCAGGGAGUUCUUCUUUCUUCUCUGUUGGGAGUAGUGAUGAUUGUCUUUUCACUGUGUUUAUUAGCCUUCCGUCGGGAUCUUGCCUGGCGUUGGCCUACUGUUUGGCCCAUCUUUACACUUCUUCUCUUUCUUCCACUUAUCCCGCAGUUGGUGGUCCGUCUUCCGCCUUUUUUCCCUUCUUCUUCUUCUUCCUCUUUUUCUUUUUCUUUCUUUUUGUAUUUCUAUACUUUAUAUGGAAAACAACAAGAAGAAGGAAAAGAAGGAGGAGGAGGAGGAGUGCUGCCAACACUCGGAGUGGAUCCGUGGCCCGCUUCCUAUCGUCUGGGGCAAUUGCUGGUAGUGCUGCUCGCCGUUGUGCAGGAGCGAUUAUUUAAUGAGUUCUCCUUCGCAUCGUAUCUCAUCAAACUCCACAAGGGAACCCUCACCGCACGGCAGCGGUACAAAGACAUGAUUGAACACAUCCGCAGACAACAUGAGGCUCUGCAGCGAAAAGUAGCGCAGGACGAAGAGGCACUGCGAAGAAAACUCGAUCAACUCUGUGCAGAGCGGCAUAUGAAGAUCCAGAGUGAAUAUAUGGAGUGCUCCUUCAUGGGCACAUCUGCAGCGGUGGGCGUAGGGAAACAAGACGAUAAAGAAGAAGAGACAUUAGAAGGAGAAGAGAAGGAGAAAAGAGAGGCGUUGGAGUUACAGAGAGAAGGAUUACUCUUCUCUGUAGCCACAAGUAUAAAGAGUCCAGGGGGUAAUUCUAUAAAGUCUGAAACGCAUAAUAAUACUAUUCAGAUUCACACCAAAGAAGAAGAAGAAGAAGUAAAAGAACAAGAACAAGAAGAACAGCAAGAAGAAGAAUUAAAAAAACAGUCAUGUGUGGAAUCCGAUGGGAUGUUUCCUGAAAAAGGAGUUUCUGAGAAAACAGGAUUCUACGCUAGUAUGUCAAGUGCUAUUCAUGAAUGGUCUGAAAGUCUUGUACAGUAUUUUGCCCAACGAACAUACCGUGGAAGAGCCCCUAAUAAAAUACAUUCCCAAUCCUAUCGUUUACUUGUAGUGUUUACACAAUAUCUAGUAACAAGAACUGCCUAUGUCUGUUUUAUUUGUUUUAUGUUAAACUAUGCAAUGAGUGGAACAUUAUUAGAUUUAUUACUUUCUCUUUCGGCUGCAUUAUAUGGAAUGCUUAUACUUCCCUGGGCAGGUAAACUUUAUUGGAGAAAUGUUCUUAUCUAUAAUGUUAUCUCUAUUCUUUGCAAGUGUGUAAUGCAGGUGAUUGUAAAACAAUUUGUAUUAAAUCCUCAGAUUCUAUAUUAUCUUUCUAUUACUGUUCUGGAUAUUGGUUUAGACCGAAGUGUACCUUCUUCUUCUGCGAUGAUGAAAGAUAUUAUUAUGGAUUUUGUUGUUUUUGUUAGUAUUAUUAUUCAUCGACAAUUUUCCUUUGAUCAAGGUAUAUUUGAUGAUGAUUAUGAAGAUGUAACCCCAACACCAUUAAAUUCUCCAGAUUCAAGUGAAUUAUUAUUUUCACGUCAUGAUAAUGGUAGUAUUUAUUCUUUAUAUAAUCCACAUAAAAAAAUAAGUGAAUAUGAUUCUGGUAGUGAAGUUCGUUACCAUAAAACUGGACUUUCAUCAUCUAACACAACAUACACUGCGGAAUUUAAAGGAGAACGUAUUGGUAAUGGUAAUAAAAAUACUAUAUCUAAUGGUAAUAAUAAUAAUAAUAAUAAUAAUAAUGACAAUGAUAAUAAUGAUUAUAGUAGUUGUAGUGAUAAUGAAGAGAAUGAUGAAAAUGGUGAAAGUUACAGUCGAUUGGGUCAAACAGGUAAACAAAGAUCUUCUUAUAGAAUAAAAUGUUCUAUUAUACAAAAGUAUUGGCGUAAUAUUUGUGAACGUGAUGGAGCUGGAUCUGAUUAUUAUACCGUACAAUUCUGGGCAGAUGGUCUCUCAUUAAUUGUGUUUGUGGCUGUUUACUUUGUAUUAGCGGGUGAUUCUCGUGGAAAUAUUGUUUACAGUGUUCAACAAGAUCUUCUUCCAGGACCAUUGGUAGUAUUACUUUUCUCAGCUGUUAUUUUAAUAGCCGCUGAACGAAUUGUAUAUGUACUUCAUUCUGUACAUCUUAAGUUUACACUUCAUGUGAUAACGACUUUAUUAUAUCAUCUUGUCUUUAUGUUUUGGCGUCUUGUACUUGCUCAACGUACGACUACACCAGCUGUUAUUUUAUUAAUUGUAAAAUUUUUCUCCAUGAUGAUGAGUGGAUUGCAAUUACGUAAAGGAUAUCCACUUUAUCGAAAGCAUGAUCCUUUUACCACCAAUACAGAUGUCUUUCAUUGGUUUGGACAUACCAUAUAUCGUGCCAUACCUUUUCUCUUUGAGCUUAGACUUUUAUUGGAUUGGUCUGUUUCCCCAACAGCAUUGAAAGUUCAACAUUGGAUGUUAUUAGAAGAUGUUCAUCAUACUAUUUAUUUACGUUAUGUAGAUAUGAGUGAUAUAGCCUGGACGAGUCCAAGAAAAGGUCGUCAAUUUCCAUUCUUUGUAAGAGCUUAUCAAGGUGUGGUGGGAUUUACGGCUUGUCUGUUGGUGCUUUUCUUUCCAUUGAUGCUUUAUUCCACAUUUAAUCCAAACGUGGGAGCCAAUCACGUUACCACGUGGCACACACAAAUGACAUUUGGAAGUAUUUCACAUUUCUACACAGCAGACGGCAGCGACACCGCCGUUCCACCGGAACUUCUUCCAAAUUUAUUAGAAGCCAUUCCGCUGUUAAAACAAGAGGGAUUCGCAUCAGAGGGUUCACUGCAAUUACUAAUGUUCCCUCGCUGCAGUGCGGAGGUGUGGACUGCCACACCAGAGACACGAUUACUUUUAUUGGGUCAAUUAAAUGCGGCUGUGCGGAAUGAAUCGAAGUUUAUUAUUCACAAAUUAGAUGAGGUUCAACGGGCAGAGGCUUCCGUUGGGGCGGCCAAACGUGUACGUGUGAGUGAAGAGUAUAUACUUCCAUGGAGUACAACGGUGAAGUUACGGGAUGUUCUUGCCAAUGCUCAUUAUAUGAAAAGAAGAGGAGGAAGAGGAAAUGAUAAAAAAGAGAUUCAAACGGUAUUGAAUUCAUCAUCUUUGGUUUAUCAAAGUAGUGAAUGGAUUCCCUUACCAGGUUUUUAUUCUCCAUUAGUGAAAAAUAUUCCCAGUGAUGUUGUCGUGCCGAAUUAUGUAAAAGUGGAGUGUUUCAUUCAGUUAAAUAGUGUAGGGGAUGAUAACGUCUCAGAUGCUUUUACGGUAUUGUAUUGGUGUUUUCGUUGUGAAUCCUUUGUGAAUCUCUCAAGUUCUACAAAUAAUAAUAAUAAUAAUAAUAAUAAUAAUAAUAAUAAUAAUAAUAAAGAAGAAGAAGGAUAUCAACAGACCAGUGAAAAUAAAGUAAAUGCAGAUUCCGAUAAUAUUACUGAUAUGUACGAGAUUGUAGCAUCAUCAGAUGUAACUUUCCAAUCUUCCUUUUCAUUUCUCCCCAAUACAGGUAUUAUUGCUCUUUAUACUACAUUUAUUUUAGCCUUGGGAACUUUUUUGCGUAAUGCUGUUACUGGUCAUGCGCACCGUGUGGUUCUCAUGCAGGUAUCUAAUCCUGAUCCCAUUGCGGAGUUAUUGCGGUAUAUUUACAUGGCCCGUUCCUCUGCUAGUAAUGGGUUUAUGGGAAGUCUUUUAUUAGAACAACAGUUAUUUUUUGAACUUGUGGAUUUACUUCGAUCACCUGAACGUGUGUUGAUAUUGAGUGGUCGUCGUGUGGAUGACUAUGACUCUAAUGGAAGGUUUCAACCUUAUUUAAAAGAAUUGAGUGAACAUCCUUUUUAA